AUGGCAGCACAGAUUCUCGCCCGCUCUUUCAGAGACUAUCCUAUUUGGGCCUACAUCCAGCCACGGGAUGAGCAAAGGCUCAAAUUGCUGGCCUGGGUGCUGAAGCGAUACGUGAGGGGAUUGCUCACAAAGUCAGGCAGGAAGAGAGGGUAUGCCUUUGCAGUCAAGGAGAAACCCAGCGAAAAGCUCCUAGGAGUCGUCCUUCUGUGGCGCCCCAGCUCAUCAGGUCCUGGCAGCAGGGAGCUGCAGCCGUGGCAGGUGGUGCGGCAGGGGCUGCUGGCGCUGCCAUUCAGAUUCGGCGCCGGGGUGACUCACCGGCUGCUGGCCGCUGACUCGGGCGAAGAGAAACAGAAGGACCUACUCAAGCCCCAAUUGGGCGCCUUCUGGUACCUGGACUACAUGGCUGUGGACUGCGCUGCGCAGUCGCGAGGGCUGGGCUCGAGAACACUCUCUCUCUGCAUCCGCCAGGCGCAGGCGGAGAGGGACUGCCCGGUGCUGGUCAACACCUGCUCGGAAGCUGCGCGCAGCUUCUACCUGCGCAACGGCUUCUCGGAAGUUGGUGCGCAGCCGGUCAUGAUCGGCGGCCGGCAGCACUGGUGGAUGGCGUUCCCUGCUCAGAGCCUUGCUACUCUUAGUCAUGAUACUGAGCUUAGUCAUGAUGAUGUCCCGGUCAAGCUGACAUUGCAGCUUGCAGAAGCAGGGAGCCCUGGGGUGCCUCCAUUGAGGUGAAGGUUUGGUGUUUCUUCUCCGUUUUGGUUAAAGGAAGGGGCUCUAGGAAUGCAUGAGGCUUGGGAUGGUGUAGUGACAGUACCUGUAUCAGUAUUUCCUUCCCUUCUGAGUCUGCUAGUCGGAGCUUUCCUUUCAAUCUAGAAGGCUGUUUUGUUUGGCUGCGAUGGGAGCAGGAUCUGGGAUGACAUUUUGGGGCGCUGGGUGCGCUCUUUUCCGAAUGGGCAAAUAUCUCCCUUGGGGAAGUGUAGCCUAGAAGAACACAAAAUUUGAAAGGGGGUGGCAAGCUUGUUGCUGGCAGUACUGAAGCACUGCUAGCUGUUUUGAGAUUUCCCAAUGACAGAAGUUCUUCUGACUGGUCGUACAUAGGACAUGCUGAUCUAGGACAUUACUCCAUGAACCAGGAAAAGGGCAAGUUGAACAUUACUGAUGGAAUGGUCUAUUGAAUUCAGAAUUGAGAGAAGAGAAAAUGCUCGACAUCAAGGCGAUAGAAAAUUAAGGCACUGCAGAGAAGAUGUAGUUCAGCGGACCGUGCGCACCUUCGGUGCGCCACUUACUGACCCUCAGGACUGCAGCUGUUUAGAAGGCAGCAAUGUAAAUCUUUUAGAGCAACAGACUUGCGUCCCAAUCUUAUUGCCGUGAUGAGACUGCAAGGAUUGGGACUUCUGCUGUGACGAUCAAAGGCUGACGGAUGGGUGUGGGUGUGGCAGGUCAGUGCUUUGCAUUGCCUGAUGCUAGCAUGCUCGCCAUCUUUACUUGCGCUAUCUGUACUGAGAUACUUUAUAUUCACAAUGUAUGGUACGACGGCAUUCAUAAGCGUAAAGAUGUAAUAAAGUAUUACAC